UUUUGUGAGAGGGCGUCCUAUCAGAGAUGCUUUGUGGAUCGAUGAAUGAAAGCGGAAUAAAGUAAUUGAAAAGUCUGAAAAAGAGAAAGGGUACCAGAUGAUGGAUUCGAUCGGUUUCUUAUCGAGAAAUUAAUUGUUUCCUCUCGAAUUAACAUAAUAAAUUGCAUAUAUUCUUGACGUUGUGUCCUUAUUCAUGGAUCAGAAAGUUACUAACGUUCCAGAGAGUGGUUCAGUGGCAUCCCGGUCCAAAGUAACUAAGCUAACUGGGUUUCAUGGAUCUACAUUUGAAAUACCUGAAAAUGACAGAAUUGGACUGUGCAGAAGUGUCACUGAAUUUGAGAAGUUGAAUCGAGUUGGAGAAGGAACAUAUGGAGUUGUUUAUCGUGCAAGAGAUACAGUGAAAGAUGUCAUUGUUGCUCUCAAGAAAAUGCGAAUGGAAAAAGAAAAAGAUGGAUUACCAGUAAGUGGCAUGAGGGAGAUUAAUGUUUUGAUCAACAUAAAGCAUGAGAAUGUUGUUGAAUUAAUAGAGGUUGUAGUCGGUCAACACCUAGACAGCAUUUUUCUAGUAAUGGAGUACUGUGAACAGGACCUAGCCUCCCUCCUUGACAACAUGCCAUCACCAUUUACUGAGGCCCAAGUAAAGUGUAUUUCCCUUCAGAUGUUCCAUGGUAUUAAUUUCCUUCACGAGAACUUUAUCAUCCACCGUGAUCUGAAAGUAUCUAACUUGCUACUCACAGACAAGGGGUGUCUAAAAAUUGCUGAUUUUGGUCUGGCAAGAAUGUAUGGUUUACCAGUAAAACCUAUGACUCCACGUGUUGUAACAUUGUGGUACAGAGCUCCAGAACUACUUUUUGGCUCCAAAGAGCAGACAAUAGCUAUUGACAUGUGGUAGGUUGAUAACAAAUGACUAUUUUUGGUAUUAAAAAUUAUAUUCACCUAGUCUGGCAUUGUAUGGGUCGGAUUUUCUCAACUUCCAUUACUGGAAAACUAUAACCUUAAACAACAGCCUUACAACAAUUUAAAAGACAAGUUUCCAUGGUUACCAGCAUCUGGUCUGAGACUUCUGAAUAUGCUAUUCAUGUAUGAUCCAAAGAAAAGAGCUACUAGUUCAGAAUGCCUUCAAAAUUCAUACUUUAAAGAACCUCCACUACCUUGUGAUCCAAAAUUGAUGCCAACCUUUCCACACCAUAGAAAUAAACGGAAAACAAAUUCACAGAGACCAGAAAACAAACCAAAUAAGUAUGAGGAUUUUGGCAGGUCAUUUGGGAUGAAUCCAGUGAAGAAGGUUAAAAGAUGACUUUUGGAUUAUUAGAUACAAUACAGUACUUAAAUGGAAGCUUUUUAUCUACACAAUUUGAAAUGAUACAGUAAAUAGUUAGCUGAAAACUAACUGGUAUUAUGGCAAGUUCCUGAUUAAAAAAAUUGACAGGGUGUUGUGACAUCAUAAAGCGGGAACUGAACCUUUAAAAAACACUGGCAGUGAGAAAUGAUAUGGCAUUCUUAACAUUAAAUAUCUUGUCUAUCUACUGUUCUAACAUUCUUAUUGGUGUAAACCUGAGUAUGCUGUACUGGAAAGAAGAUAUCUAAAACUAAAAAAAUAUUGUAACAUCACUGGAAACAACAAAGAGGAAUGACAUGGAAGUAUUAACUGUAAUUAUCAUAUGUUGGCAGCAGGAAUGGGAACCCGGAAAUGUGAUUAUUUUAACAUAACUGGAAAUAAACUGUUCUUAACCAUACUUCUGGGGCGAACACAGAGGGGGUGAAGACUGCGAUCACACCCCCUAAAUUGUAUUAUGAAAAAUAAUUGCUGUAUUGUAAUUUUUAUAUGUAUAUUUUUAUCAUUAUGAACAUUCAAACCUCAGCCCCAACUGAUGUGGAAUCUCUCACACCCCCUACCACCAAAUCUUCCAUCAAGCUCAGUAGUUGUAAGUGACACUGAACUUAAAAUGUGUUGUUUGUACGUUCAGUGUAACAUACCGCUGUCAAAAUAUAUAUCUGAAAGAAAUACAGUACUAUUUUGAGUCUAUUGUAGUUGAUGCGAUUCAAUACACUCUUGAGUGAUCAGAGGGAUGAAUUGUAUAUAUCUAGUUAAUUCCUAUUUUUCCCACACAAGUUGGCUUACAGUUUCAAUCAUUGCUUUCUCAUGAACCAUUGUCCCCCCAUACGGGUUGUGUUCAGAAAAUAUGAAAUAGUGAAUGUUAAACUUCAUUAAUAAAUGUGAGAAGAAUCAAGGA